UGCCUUCCAGUGUGACCUCCUCCCUCCCCCAGGUAGAAACUGUGAAGAACUGCCCCUGCGGACAAGCACCUCUCCACCUAGGGCUGCUCUACCCUGACUCUGCUCCCUUUUCACCUUCUGCUUGCCUGAGGAAGGAAGUAUGAGCAAAGACAGCAACUGCAGACAAUUGACAUCCAGAAGCCACAAGCUUUUGUAAAAAUCAGAUCUAUACAACACCGGAGACUGAACGAUGGCUUUAUCACUGGAAGAAUUCGUCAACUCCCUUGACCUAAGGACGCUCCCCAGGGUCCUAGAAAUCCAGUCAGGCAUCUACUUCGAAGGGUCUAUUUAUGAAAUGUUUGGCAACGAAUGCUGUUUGUCAACUGGAGAAGUGAUUAAAAUCACAGGUCUCAAAAUUAAGAAGAUCAUGGCUGAAAUUUGCGAGGGUAAUAUCGGAGGGUCUGCAUCUCUGAAGUCUUUUGAACUGCCCAUGAACUUUCCAGGUCUAUUUAAGGUCAUGGCUGAUAAAACUCCGUACCUUACAAUGGAGGAAAUCACAAGAACCGUUCCUAUUGGACCCAGCAGACUAGGACAUCCUUGCUUUUAUCACCUGAAGGAUAUAAAACUAGAGAAUCUCACAAUCAAGCAAGGUGAGCCAAUUCGGCUCACCUCAGUUGAAGAGAUUAAUGGAGAAAUAGUGGUGAAUUGCGGUGUGGUAAGGAGUCAUCAGAGUCACUCAUUUACUUUGCCUUUGUCACAAGAGGGAGAAUUUUAUGAGUGUAAGGACGAGCAUAUCUAUACCCUAAAAGAAAUUGUCGAAUGGAAGAUUCCAAAGAACAGAACACGGACUGUGAAGCUAACAGAUUUCUCAAGUAAGUGGGACUCAACAAUUCCAUUUCCCGAAGACUUUUAUGGUACCUUGAUCCUCAAGCCCAUGUACGAAAUUCAAGGUGUGCUGAAAUUUCAAAAGGACAUAGUCCGGAUUCUCCCCAGCUUAGACGUUGAAGUUAAAGACAUUACUGACUCUUAUGAUGCUAACUGGUUUCUCCAGUUGCUGUCUACAGAAGAUCUUUUUGAAAUGACCAGCAAAGAGUUUCCUAUAGUAGCUGAAGUCAUUGAAGUGUCUCAAGGAAGCCAAAUGCCCCGAAGUAUUUUGCAGCCUGGCAAAACCAUUGUCAUCCACAAAAAGUAUCAAGCUAUGAGGAUCCUAGCUUCAGAAAUUCGAAGCAAUUUCCCUAAAAAACAUUUCUUGAUCCCUACUAGCUAUAAAGGCAAGUUCAAAAGGAGACCCCGGGAGUUCCCCACAGCAUAUGACCUACAGAUAUCUAAGAACCAGAAGGAAACUCUCCAUGUGGUGGCCACCAAAGCCUUCCAUACACUUCAUAAGGAACUCUCAUCUGUGUCUGCUGGGGACCAGUUUCUUGUGGUUCAUUCAGAGAGCACAGAUGUUGUCUUUGAGGGAACAAGAGAAGUAAGUGUUCUGACCUGCGAAAAAGUCCUCAGUAAAUCCAAAGAAGUGGCACGGCUUCCUCUGUACAUGGAAGGAGGUUUUGUAGAAGUGAUUCAUGAUAAGAAACAGUAUCAGAUUUCUGAGCUCUGCACCCAGUUCAGCUGGCCCUUCAACGUGAAGGUGUCUGUGAGAGAUCUCUCCAUUAAAGAUGACAUUUUGGCAGCUACCCCAGGACUGCAGCUGGAGGAGGAUAUCACAGACUCUUACCUAGUUGUCAGUGACUUUGCCAACCCUGGGGAAUGUUGGGAAAUUCCUAUGAGCCGCUUGAAUAUGACUGUUCAGUUAGUUAGUAAUAACAGUCUGUCUAGGGAUAGAGGACCACUUCGAGUUAGGAGUCUGGUAGAAGAGAUUACAGAGGAGCAAUAUUACAUGAUAAGAAGGUAUGAAAGUUCUCUCGUGCAACCCCCACCUCGCCCUCCCAAACAUCCCUCGGCGGAAGAAAUGAAGUUAACCUUGCUCAGCUUAGCAGAAGAAAGAACAGUAGAUUUUCCCAAGUCUCCCAAGAGUCACCAUGUAGAUAGAUCCAAGAAACCUGACUCAGAUCAAGGUGGCCUGGUGUCCAGAGUACCAGUUGACUUUCAGAAUGAUUUGGCUGAUGUGGAGAGACAGAAGAGCAAGUAGGUCCCCCUGCAGGAGCAAGGACCAAUAUGACUACAGAACUCUUCAAAACUGAAAAACUUCAAAAAUAACAAGAUGUGACGGAAGCCACUUCGGCAGUGAACAUAAAUGUUGCAAUGGAAAAAGAAGUCUAACCUUCUAGCUGAAAAACAACUAUUCCCCAAUGGACUCUAGAAGAAUCUGGACUGUCCACUGCAAAGACUGAAACAAGCUUAAAAGUUUUAACACAUAAAGCUCAAAAAGAGACCUAUGAUAUGGAAUUUAAAUUGUCUAUUCUGUUUCCUAAAAUCCACACGUAUUGUUUCCUUGUUGUUUAAGACAUAUUUAUUCAGUGUGCAUAUUUUAUGUCUCCCACUUUUGCUAUCAACAAAUAGCAAAUUAGAAAUAAUUUUAGACUUUAAUUAUUGAAUAGAAUCCUAUUUUAAAAGUCUAAACUCUCAUUAAGCUUUCACCUUUUCUUUCUAGCAACUUUUUUCCCAUUUUUCUAGUGUUAUCAUUAUUUUUGCUAUGACUCACUUUGGGAAAAUUAAUUACAUCUGAGAAUGACAUAAAAUACCCAUUUCUUCUCUGAUUCCCCAGGAACUGUGAAAUGAGUUUGACUUCACAUUUCCAAUUUGUUUUAUAAAUACACUGUAAAUAAAUGUCAACUGUCAACAGCAAAAGCCAUUAUGAGUCACAGAACCCUCUCUAACCUUCUCCCUCUACUUUUAAAAUGGAGGAUUGCAGAGGUUCUGAUAAUUUGCCUUGUGUUUUAUGUACUAUAAUCUCGAUAGUGCUCUGAGUGAAUGCUUAUUAGGAUUGUAGCGAACCAUUUACUUAACCAUAAUAUUUGAUGGAAAGAAAAAUGCAGUAUAUUGUAAUGAACCAUAUAAAUAUAGUUGACAGAAGCCAAAGUGAUUAUUAAUGAAUAAAUAAUAGAAUAGUACUUACAGUUAUAUAUGCCAGUAAAAAUUAAGGGCAAAUACAUUUUUAUCAGUUUUCUUAUUAUGUAUUAAAUACACAUGAAUAAAACCACUUUGUCUCUAGUGACAUGAAGAGAAUGAGAGUGGGAAGCCUCAGGUUUUGUUCAUAAGUCAGACUUUUUACAAAUCUUUUACAAAGCUCUGAGCUCAUACUUAAUUUACAUGUUGGGAGAAUGUAUUUGAUGAUUUAGUACUGAGGAGCCUCUAAAGGUAGUAAAUCAUGAGGGAACUUUCAUCAUAUAAAUAACCACAGCUAGAGAGCUUUCAUAUAAUGUUUGUAUUCUGAUUUCUUACAUCUGAUUUCCUUCGUCUUUUUUUUCUCUUUAAUAACCAAUUCUUAUUACAAUGCUUUAAAGAUGGCUUAAUGACUUCACAGUCAUAAUAUUGUA